AGUUUCCGCUCCGCCUCGGCUCCUUUCGCCUGGUUACCCUCCGCCCUAUGGGAGAAAGUCGGAAAGUUUCGGGAGCGCUGCUGAGUCUUCCGGGACCCGCUUCGGGAGUUCCGCGCCGCAACCAGGCAACUCACCUGGGGAAGCCGCAGCCUCCGCAGCCUCCUUACUAGGCAGCAUCAGAGGAGGGUUGCGUGGAGUCCUCCCCACCACCUCGCUCGGCGACUGUCCUUUGGCCGGCCAGCAACUUUUGCCAGUCCGCUGGGUUAGUAAACCUCGGAAGGUCAGCAGCCACGUCGGGGCUCGUUGGGAGGGCGCCAAGGAAUCGGCAGCUUCCCUGAAACAUGGCCACCGGGGGCUAUCGGGGCAGCGGUGCUGCUACCACCGAUUUCUUGGAAGAGUGGAAAGCUAAGCGGGAGAAGAUGCGGGCCAAACAAGCACCGCCGGCCGGGGUGAGUGAUGGCAAAGCUGCCACCAAUACUGCCACCAGCGGCAGUGGCGGCAGCACCGCCACCGCCGCCGAACUUAAUAACAACAAUGGCAGCGGCGGCAUGAAUUGCAUCCCUCUGGCCAGAAACACUCCGAAGGAGCCCCAGCCGGCAGCCGGAACCAGAGCAGGAGGCGCGGGGGAGCCCCCGGGGAGCAGAACCAGCGCGGCCCCAACUUCCCCCGAGGAGGAGAAAGUGGCUCCCAAGGGCAAAGGCUCCUUUGGCCCCAGCGCCCGUAAAGGAAAAGGGCAGAUCGAGAAAAGGAAGCUGAGAGAGAAAAGACGCUCGACAGGUGUCGUGAACAUCCCGGCCACCGAGAGCUUGGAUGAAUAUGAUGAUGAUGAAGCAGGUGAUAAAGAACGUAAAAGAGAAGAUACAAUUACACAGCAAAAUACAAUACAAAAUGAAUCCACUGUUUCCGAUCCAAAUGCUUCAUAUAUAUUGCAGGAUACUUCUAGGACAAUUGGAAACAGAUACAAAAGCACAACACCAGAUGACGACGUUUCUAAUAGAUGUUCACGUACAGACAGGACAGGUUAUAGCAGAUUCAACAGGGAUGCAAAUUCUUCUGGAAACCUUGUAUCAACUAAUUCUUUGGAAAAGAAGAUUGAUGAUCUUGAAAAGGAUCUAGCAAAGGAGCGACAAGAAAACCUGAGGCUUGUGAGGAUAGCCCAAGACAAAGAAGAGUUGAUUGGGAAAUUAAAGGAGGAAAUUGAUUUAUUAAAUAGGGAUCUAGAUGAUAUAGAAGAUGAAAAUGAGCAAUUAAAGCAGGAAAAUAAGACACUGCUAAAAGUUGUUGGACAGCUGACAAAGUAGAAGAUGGAAGCUGCCAAAAUACAAAAUGGAAGCCUCAGUGAGGAAGGAAAUACGAAACUACUGAUUUGAAUGUUUAAGGGUCAAGAUUAGGAUAUUUCCUUUGUGGCAAUAUGUCAAAACAACUGUCUUUGUAUUUAUUAUUAAGGAGCAGGGAGAAAUGAUGAAUGUUUUACAUGAUGCUGUUACUUCUAAGCUCAUUCCCUUGAAUUUCAUGCUCAUUAAGAUGCCUUAGGUCUUUCUAUGUAUAUGACCCAGUUAUACUUUUUAAAGAAUUCCUGAUUACAAAGGUCACAGUUAGUCUAUAUGGAGAUUACUUGUAGGAGAGAGGCUUUUUCCUGCUAUAUGAAUAGAAGAAAUAGGAAUAAAAUUUGUUUACACAGGGUCAAAAUAAUUAUUUUGGGAGAUAUUUGUUCUUUAUUUGAACAGGUGUAAAGUGCAUUACUGAUAUAAAACAUUUUACAGAGUAUUACUCUGCAUAAAAUCUUGUAUGUUGUGAUUUUAUUUUAUACUUUAUCUGAAGUACUGACAGUUAUAGAUAGUAUUCUCCUGUACAGAUGCUGUUUGAUAAAAAUGUUUUAUAAAUCAUAAAUAAAUCACCAAUAAUUAUCACAACUAAUAAGUAGUUUUUAGAAAAAUGUGUAUGCUGCAUACUACUACACAGAGCUUAUGUUUCCACAGGAAGAAGAAUUCGGAGGGUGCCAUUUUUUGAAAUUUAUAAAUACUGUGAACUACUUCAAACAUUACAAUCACGGUUAAUUGGAUUAAGAAAAAUCUUUCUGAUUUUGUAUAUUAAGUUGCAGUUUUCUGAUGUAAAUACAAUGGGAACCACUGCUUAACAAUGGUUUAACAAAUCAUAUAACAAUGCAUUGGUUGGGAAAUACUACGAUUCUCGGCCAAAUGACUAGAACCAAAACUGUUUAUCUAAACCAUGCCUAUAUGAAUGGACUUCAUCCAAGAUACAUGUAUCAGGUUAGCAUCAACAUAAGUAUAAUGGAUUUAUUUUGCAACACUGUGAUCCUCUCUUAUAUGAAUCAUAGUGGUUUUUGAAUUGUGAUAAAAGUUUUAAUUGAUAUAGUUUACAAUUUUUUAUGAUUGUUCACCCCUCUAAAAGUAUUAUAGAAAACAUCUAGAAUAACACCAAUGCUUGUUAAAAUAAAGUAUGUUGCAUGUUCUAUUAUAGUCUAGUAUCAGUUGUCUACAUCAUUGUUCAACAAUUUUCUGUUCCGUAUGAGCUAGAAAAAUCCAAAGUUGCAUUUUACAGCAUAAUUUUUAGUAGGGAAACUUAAAUAUAACAUUUAAGCUUUCAAAAUACCUCCACUGAUUUGUCAGGCAAAUAGGAAAUAGAAAAAAAGCAGGGAAGGAAAAGUGGAAAAAUAAUGAAUUUCCCUGAUGUAGAAAAACUCAAAACCAACAGACUCUGAUUUUUCAGAUAGACUUACUCUGGGAUGUUUUUCUUUUGAGUAACACAGUUAUCUUUCCUUUUGCUUAAAAAAAUGUGUUUUUAAUGACCUAGCCUUUUCUGUUUUGAAAUCAGCUAUAUAGCCUUGAAAAAUAUUUUGUCAACCAGACCUCAGAAGUAGCACUGGAAUGCUUAGGAAUCUUUAGUUGCUCCCUAAUACCAACGUUUAUGUAGCAAAAGUGUAUUAAUGUUGCAAAGGCAAUCUCCACUGAGCAAAGUUAAUGUAAUCAACUUUCCCCCCAUGACACACUAUUUGAGAAUGUGCACUAAUUUGUCCGUACCUGCUUUUCUUUAAUGACUGCAUUUGUAAAUACAGCAUACCAGAAAUACUCUGUUGGUAGAUCACAAUGCCAAGCAAUUAUGUAAUUCCUCAAAACAGAUUACCUGUUGUAUUUUAAAAGGCUAUAUAGGUGACUUGUGACCACAAUUGGGAGUCAAAUCUUACCGGUGAAGCCGGCAAGUGAAAGGCCACAUGACUGCUUUGUCAAUGAUGCAAUCCCAGUACCUGCCAACCCUGGUUGCAAUCAUAAAGUGAUCUCACUGGUUAUUAAGCAGAUGGAAAAAAAAUCUUCCUGGCAAACACCUUUUUUGCUCUCAAGGGCUCCUUCAUGCUGCUGAAAGAUUUCAGCUCUCCUUCAAGCAUGGAGAGGAAAUCCUUUAUGGGGCUGCAGAAACAAAGCUGAAAUCUUCACAAUUUCAGUUCCAUUUUUGCAGCCUGCUGAAGGAUGUCCAAUUCUAGCCACAUUAAGACAUUAUGUCUUUUCUUUCAUAAACUUUAAUGAUUAAAUGAAGUUAACAAAGAUAUGUAUAUAAGUCUAAAUACUAUUGCUAAAUUUGCAAAUUUUUAUUCUGAUUUACAAAUUCACAAAAAAGUUUGUAUAAAUCCUACAAUGACUAAUAAAUUUUGUUAGAUCUGGCCA